CUAGUAGAUCUCUUCGUCCCUCUCUCGUACUACACCAUUCAUUCAUUCAUUCAUUCAGAUUGAGAGACUCUCUCUUCUUCUGGCUCUGCAUGCAUCUCUCUCUAAUAUAUCAACCAGUAUUUGUCAGGAUUUGGGCAUUUCUUUGUAAAAAUAAUUAUACGAUCAGUGUGUGUCUGUCCAAUCUCUCUCUUAUCGUCUUCUAAAGUUUCUUAUUCUUCCUUCAUUCUCAACUCUCUCUCUCUCUCUCUCUCUCUCUCUCUUAUAACUUCAAGAGACAAAAUCUUUCUUUUCUUUUCUUACAUCUCUCUCUCUCUCUCUCUCCCUCUCGGCAUAUUCUUUAGAAAGUUAACCUAAAAAACAGAGGAGCAAUGAAGAAAAUGGUGUUAAACCUGGAUUUGCAUGAUGAUAAGGCAAAACAAAAGGCCCUUAAAACGGUUUCUACUCUCCCAGGAAUUGAUUCGAUUGCAAUGGACAUGAAGGGGAAGCAAUUGACUGUGAUUGGAACCGUGGAUCCGGUGGAUGUAGUAAGUAAGCUAAGAAAGUAUUGGCCCUUGACGGAUAUUGUACUAGUAGGACCUGCGAAAGAGCCGGAAAAGGAGAAGAAAGAGGAGCCGAAGAAGGAAGGUGGUGGCGAGCCGGCGAAAAAAGAAGGAGAAGCUCCCAAAGAAGAAGCGAAAAAGGAAGGAGAAGCGCCAAAGAAGGAAGAAGAGAAGAAAGAGGGCGGCGAUAAGAAGGAGGGAGAGAAGAAAGAUCAACCGCAACCACAACCCCAACCACAACCGGUUGUGCCGACACCGGAGCAGCAUGUGUUGGAACUUGUAAAGGCGUAUAAAGCAUAUAAUCCUCACCUAACAACAUAUUACUACGCUCAAAGCAUCGAAGAAAACCCUAAUGCUUGCGUUAUAUGUUGAAAACAUAUAUUAUGUUAUAUAAUUUGGGGGAAAAUGAUGAACCGAUCUAUAGUGAGGAUGAAGAAUAAGAAACAGGAUAUAUUGAUUCGGUUGGAUCAUCGGAUAUGUUUUUUUCUGUCCUCGAUAAUGCGAGGAAGCUUAAUUUCCUUAAAUCGAUUUCGAUGAUAUGUUUUCUGUAUAUAUCGUCGAUAGUACUAGAAUUUUGUUUUUUUUUUUACUUUGAAGGGCACUUUCUGUAUAUAAUGGUGUUAUAUAUGUACGUUAGUAUUUUAA